AUGUCUUCUCCACAACCUCCAGCAGCCCUCGAUGGGCGUUGUUCAGUCGUCUAUAACAACACUGUCUACGUCUACACGCCGUCCGCACUACUAUCCCUACCUCUCGAACAAGGUGCCGAGUGGAACUCUACAGAUGCUGGUGAAGCCGUCACCGACGCCGUGUGUGUGACAGGAACCGUUGAUGGCUCUGCUGAUAACCAAGCUUUAUACGUCGUCGGAGGCACUUCGACCAACUCGACGUAUAUGGGCCUUCAAAGAUACUCAUUCGCCGACAAAAAGUGGGAGUCUAUUGAUCUGGGUAGUGGCCUUAGUGGCCUCCAGAAUCUAGUCAAUCACAGUGCUAUCUAUCUCCCCGGAACUACUUCGAUCCUAAGCUACGCAGGAUCUAAUAAUGGGAACCAGGACGCCUCCACGACAACCUUUGAGAUUCCCCUCACAAAUAUAGGGAAAAUACUGAAUCGUGACGGUGCCGGCAUAGCGGCUGGCAUCAAACCAACUUUAUUACCUUGGGAUGACUCGACGGCCGUUUACGUGGGAGGAACGCCUACGAAUACUGAAGUUUUUCUAUACCAUGGUAAUAGUGGCUGGGGCACUUCGCAAAUCUCCCUAGCUAGCGGAAUACCCAGCACUGCUGGCGUUGCAAUGCAGUCAAACUCGGACGGAAGCAAGUUUUUGGAAAUAUUUGACUUCGCAGUCUCGCCAAACGAGAUAUCAUACGUGGCUUUGCUACAAACCGGUGGUACUGCAGCAUACCCUGGUCAAAACGUGACAUUUGCCCCAUCAUCUACGAAGCAGAAGCGCGAUUGGGGCAAUAUUCCGUCCUACAAUAGUACUCUGGCUCCCUCAACGACACGCAGCAGUUUCUCGUUAGCCCAAUCCGACAACGGCUUGGUCGUCAUAACUGGUGGAAGCGGUACUGAUGCCGUCACCGUUUUUAACCAAACUCAGAAUGGUUGGGUCAACACUACGAAGCUCUUCUACAACGACGAUGUAAGCGCAGGACUCCAACAUCCAAUAGGCUCAUCUUCGACGACAACUGCUCCGACAACCAGCGCCACAGCUACGACGACGACAUCGGCCUCGGCAUCGGCAUCAACUACCGCCGUAGCUGCUUCCGGUACAGGCAAGAUUAGUACGGGUGUUAUUAUCGGUGCAACUUUGGGUUGCUUGCUAGGCGUGGCAGCCAUCUUGAUUGUUCUUCUGAUCAUCCUUCGCCGUCUGCACCGGAAGAAUGGUGACCCAACAGGCAAAGGCAGCCGCCGCUAUGGUCAAGAUAAAGACCGACUGAGCUUCCAAGAUCAGGGUAUCGAACCUCUGACAAUGGCUGCUGUGCCGAUGGGUCGAACCCAUAUUCCUUCAGCUGUAGAUUCUCUCAACAUGAUUUCUGGAAAGUUCGCAAACGAGUACCCUGGUACAUUCAUGGCGGAUAAAACUCCAGUGACGACUCGGUCUUUGGUGCCACCUGCUAAGCCCCCCCUCACACUGAUUACGUCUAAUGAGGCGGAUCAGUAUAGAAACAAAACACUCACACCUAUCAAUGAGUCUAGUCAUCCACGGGGUGAUCGAAGCACUGAUGAAGGUUGGGGCAAAUAUUUCCAAGAUGGGGGUGACGGUCUUACGACGGACUCUCCUCGCACUACGAUGAACUCGGAUAUUUCACAAAUUACCAAGUCUGAUUAUCGAGGUAGCAUGUGGCCGCAUGAAGUGCCCGAGCGAACCACAAUUGCAUUGAGUGCUUUAGACGGACCUAGGCCUUUAGGACAAGUUCCUUCUGGCAGUCCAAGCACAGAGUAUCUCCCAUCAUUCGGAUCGCGACAUAUACACCAAGCACAGUCGGCUCAUAUAUCUAGCGCUGAUUCAGCCAGCUUUGUCUCGGAGGAAGAGGAUGACCAUGACCGCCAUGAUGCGUUCUCUUCCGGCGUUCCGCAAAGUGUUCAUGAUGGAACUCAAUGGACACAUCAACCUUGGAACUUACGUCCGCCGAGCAGCAACUAUACCGAUAGCUUCUAUCAAUCGAGUGCACGCGAACCUUCGGGUGUGCAGGAGCCGGUCGAUUCCCGAUCCCAUGGACGACGAUCGAGCGGUAUUCUCCAUAACGACAUGGAUGAAUAUUCGCGAGCCCACGUCAAUUCAGAUAUGAGCUGGUUGAAUCUGCAUGGGGAUAAAUGA